AUGGCUCCAUUCUCUGGAGAUGGAGUGUUAUGGGUCUGUCUAGGAAUCUCGCUUUUCUUCGCUGUCCGCGGUAUUGCAACAGAUCUUCGGCAGGUAGUUGAUCUGACAGAGAUCAAGCAUGUUGAACGGGAAGAUAAGAUAAUAAGUGAGGGGACAGAGGAAGCCCUCAAGCUAGAUACUCUGUUAAAGCUUUCCGAAAGCACGAGCCAUGACCUUCGAGCUGCGGCCCUUCGGAUAAUUUCUGAACGCUCGACCAAGGGAGAUACGCGCGAUCUCCUUCUGGAGGACAUAUCAUCCAAAAACAAAGUUCGCCGAGGCAAAGCGUUAACUGCGCUUCAUUUCCUCGUCUCGAAUCGAGCCCUUUCUCGAACCUCAGUCUGCACUCGUCUCCGUGAUGUUCCUGCCUACACAGCCAUUAUCAACUGCCUCUGCAAUUUCUUAGAAGAGCAUAAUGAAGUGACGUAUCCGACGACCUCGCCUGUUCUCGCCAGAACUCGACCAAUUGGAGAAAAGAAAGCGCUCCAGAUCCUGAAUAUUCUCCUCCCGGAAAAUAUUCCCGCCGCAAUAGAAGCUGGUAUCGUGACUCGCUGGCUUACCAAAUAUCCGUUCCCUUGUGCUUUGGACGAGCCCUCCCGUCGUCAUGAAGUGGUGCUCCUCCUCAAGACCUGGUGGGGUGACGACACAGUCAUGAGCUCCAUUUUCAGUACUCUGACUACGCAUCCAGAAGGAGUCAAGCAAUUGAGGAACCAUGGACUCAUGGGCAGCAUGCUCGAAGAAGCGAAUGAUCAAGAUGACGAUGAUGUGGAUGACGACGACGAGGACGAGGACGAAGAGGAGGAUGUAUGGAUGACAAAUGGCGAAGAUACGGCUGGCUCUUACCGCGGAUCUUCUUCGCGGCGACCGCGAGAAGGCAGUGUUGAAGAACAAGCCCUUCGUCGGCGACGGAGAGAAGCUAUGGUCCUAAGCGAAGGAGGACAGCCGUUUGGACGGGAAGAUAUCAUCCAGCGACCCAUCCAAGAUGACUGA